GUCCAUAAUCAAGGCGAUAUCCUGUAGAACUUCCUCAUUCUUGUAGAAGGGUAACAACGACUUGUAGGCUCAUCUAAGUGAAACUUCACCCUGGGAAAUAGGUGCUUCCGAUAAAGCUAAUACCAUUACUUAAUUACUAUACAAUAACUAAUGCCAACUGGAUCCAUUUUCAGAACAACUAAGAACCAAGGGAAGAACGAGGCUACAUUACAAAGUCAGGGAUCUUUAUUUAUGAAAUCGAAAGUAGAUUGUUGCAGGUGUUUCUGGUUUGGAAUUUCGAUUUGGAUUGCCGUUCAAUACAAUGUUUCUCAGUCGGAUUUCGUUUUUCCAUGAAUUCCCAUUUUUCAUAGGUUGGAGAUUUCCGAGUUACCACUUUCUGUUGUAGUCGUCAACGCGGCAUUAACCACUCCCUCCGCCCAUUGCCCUGACGUUAGGAGUGUGCUGUUGUGGUUUUCGAAUACAGUUUUUCUGCGAGCGCCGUGAGUCCAAAUUGGCGAAGCAUUAAAGAAAGGAGCUACCUUCGACAUCAGUGCAAUUCACAGCCAUGGGAAACCAUAUUAUAGCCAACCACCACAAUAGAAAGAUGCCCUUGGGGGACGAUGGACAUUCCUGGAAGAAGAAAACGUCAGACGUGAAGGAGAACUAUGACUUCAAAGAGGUCCUUGGGACGGGAGCAUUCUCUGAGGUGGUUCUAGCAGAAGAAAAGAGGACCCAGAAACUGGUAGCCAUUAAAUGCAUUCCUAAGAAAGCCCUGGAGGGCAAGGAGAACAGCAUAGAGAAUGAGAUUGCUGUCCUACACAAGUUAAAACAUGCCAACAUUGUCUCCUUGGAGGACAUCUUUGAGAGUAAAUCCCACCUCUACCUGGUUAUGCAGCUGGUGUCUGGUGGGGAGCUUUUUGACAGGAUUGUAGAGAAGGGCUUCUACACAGAGAAAGAUGCCAGCAAGCUCAUUCAGCAGAUCUUGGAUGCUGUCAAAUAUCUCCAUGACAUGGGCAUCGUACACCGCGACUUGAAGCCCGAAAACCUUCUGUACUACAGUAUGGAUGAGGAUUCGAAAAUAAUGAUCAGUGACUUUGGCUUGUCCAAGAUCGAGGGAUCUGGAAGUGUCAUGUCAACAGCCUGUGGAACACCAGGAUAUGUCGCACCUGAAGUGUUGGCCCAGAAACCUUACAGCAAAGCAGUGGACUGUUGGUCUAUCGGUGUUAUUGCCUACAUUCUUUUGUGUGGAUACCCUCCUUUCUAUGAUGAGAAUGAUGCUAAGCUCUUUGAGCAGAUCCUGAAGGCAGAAUAUGAGUUUGACUCUCCCUACUGGGACGAUAUCUCUGACUCAGCAAAAGACUUCAUAGUCCAUUUGAUGGAGAAGGACCCCACGAUACGCUACACAUGUGACCAGGCUCUCCAGCACCCCUGGAUUGCUGGUGACACAGCUCUCGAUAAGAACAUCCAUGAGUCUGUCAGUGCUCAGAUCAAGAAGAACUUUGCCAAGAGCAAGUGGAGGCAAGCCUUCAAUGCCACAGCGGUGGUGCGUCACAUGAGGCGUCUGCAGCUGGGCACCAGCCAAGAUACCCCAAGCCAGACCACCUUCCCCAGCCCCCUCAGUGCCCACCUGCUGCUUCCUGAGGGCACAGCAACCGGGCACAACACUGGUAAAUGGGGCCAAGCACAGUCAAUACCAAACAAAGCCUUUGUGUGAUGGGAGCUGCUCCCAUAAUGCUGAUGGUGAGGCAGAGCGGGACCACCUCUCCAACUGCACCUACCGCUGCCAUCCAACCAGCCUGGUCUGAUCCAUGUCUCUCAGGGCCAACCAAUGACUUUUCUAUGUUCCUCUGGAGACCAGAGAAGUCCCUAGUCUGGCAAGGAAUACAGAGUUCCAGUGCCCCGCCACCAGGGGGGGCAGGCGGGUUAUGAAUCCUGAAGGGGGAGGAAGGAUUCAAUGCUGACGGAGGUCAUUUGAACAGAGAUGAGAAGAGAAAAGCAGAUUAGGACAAUGGUGAGAAACUGAGGUGUGGUACUAAGAAUAAUCCUGGGUCGUAUAUUUUGGGAGUGGGACAAGGCUUGACCAGUGUUUUACUAUUUUCAAAAUGUCUGCUUUUUACAUUUCUGCAUUUAUGUACUGUUUUCUAAUCUUUAUUAUAUAUAUUACCCUUGUAGAAUAAAGUAGUAAUAUCUGCAUGGUCAGGUGACCGGUCCCCCCACUUCUUGGCAGCGGGUGUUUUGUAAUAUAUAAAGUCUAUUGCAGAACCAUGUAUGCUGGUAACCAUUGUGGUACGGUUCUUUACUCUGAGUGAACAGUACUGUUGUUCAUCAUUACAUUUGUUUUGCUUUGUUGUAUAUUUUUCAUUUUUAAUAAGAAUACUCCAUGUACUGGGCUAUUAUUAAGUAUAGAUCAAAGCAUUUAGCUGGGUCUGUUUUAUAUUUUCUCAUUUUUCGCAGCAUGGUUGUGUUUUACCACUAUGUUUUUGGUAAUUCUCCCACCCCCCUCGGCUUGUAUAAUUCAGCACAGCAACAUCUUCUAUAUGGUGCCUUUAGAACAGUAUCAAAGGUUUAUUUUCUUGGCUUCUACAUGAAUAUAUCGCCAUUCAAUUAUAGCAGCAUUUCUGUUUUAUUUUUUCGUUGUGGCAAUUAAAUCGUUUAAAAUACA